AUGGAUCUGCCCGAGUCUUUCGGGCAGCUUGGGAAGCUGAGGGAGCUGAUUCUGCAUGCGUGCUACGACCUGGAUUACCUCCCAGACUCCUUCUCCAACCUCUCUUCACUGGAAACUCUGGAGAUCUAUGGUGCGCCUUAUCUUGAAGAGUUGCCUCCGGGGUUUGAGAAGCUGCCGCAGCUGAGUAGAUUGGAGCUGUUUAACUGCGCCAUCGGGGAAUUACCUGACGAGUUUGGAGGCUUGGGAAACUUGAGAGUAUUAAAGAUCGACACCUUUGAGAUGGCUCGCUACCUCCCAUACUUCUUUCUUUCUCUCAGCCGCCUCACUAGUCUGAAAAUCCACGGCCUUCAAGCCCUUGAGCAGCUGAUAGCCCCUCCGACCUUAUACCAAAUUCCAGCUGAAAGGGAGGGGGAAGCCAUGCCUCAUGUUCCUCCUGAGAUCACCAGUCCUAGGCUCCCCGAAUUCAGUACGCAAGCUAGAUUGGAGCUCCUUUCCUCUCUCACCUGCCUCCACAUCAGCCAUACCAGAUUGCCUUCGCUCCCAGAUAACCUGAGUGAUAUGAGUGGGCUGAAAGUACUUGUUCAAGAGGAGUGCCCUGCCAUGUCACUCCUUCCUGCCUGCCUCUCCGACCUUUCCAAUCUCGAACGGCUGGACAUCAAGUCGCUCCCGCUGCUUACCCACCUGCCCGAAAACUUGGGGCAGCUGAAGGUUCUCAGCUUGCAUCUUGAAUCAUGCACGGACUUGCAAGGCCUUCCUCCUUCCCUCACUCUCAUGACCUCCCUCAUAUGCCUGAGCAUUGUCGACUGUCCCCAGAUCACCAGCCUCCCAGAUUCCAUCUCCUCCCUCUCCCACCUCGCAUCCCUGAAGCUCGAGCACCUGCGUCGUCUGCAGCACGUCCCGCCCACUCUCCCCCUCCUGCCGUCCCUUGUCAAGCUUUCGCUACGAGGGUGCACUGGAUUACGUGCGCUGCCCAGCGACUUGGGCAGUUUGUCCUGUCUGAGGGAGGUGGAUUUGGACAGUGCUGCCACAGUCGCUUCAGGACAGGCGGAAUGUGAUUGA